UAGUAGUUAAAUAAGAGCCACCAAACAGUCCGCCGAGUUCCAACCCCUAGAAGGUUAGUUGGGUCAAACUGGUCAAACAACCCCAAGGCAACUAGCCAUGCAACCCCAAAUCCCUAGUUCCGCCACCGCCACCUACACAACAAUCCCCAUAUCCGGCAAUGACGUCAUUUCCCGAUCUCUCCACAACCUCUUCUCCUUCAUCUCCCAGCGCCGCCCCUGGCCAGAGUUCAUCUCCCCCGACACCUUCAACCGCCCACACUCACUAGCCCACGCCGGCGACCGCCUCCGCAAGAACGCCGUUCACUUCCGCUUGAAUUACGCCCUGCUCGUGCUAACGUGUGCGCUCCUCUCCCUCAUCGGGACUCCUCUGUACCUGCUUCUGAUCGCGGCGAUCUUCGGCCUUUGGCUGGUGCUCUACCUGUUCCGGGAGGAUCCAUUGUUCUUGUGGGGCCACCACGUGGGCGAUCGGGCGGUAUUGGUGGGAUUGGUCUUGGUGUCUGUAGUAGCGAUUUGGUUUACGGGGGUUGCUGGGAAUAUGAUCAUGGGGAUUGGGACUGGGCUCGUAAUCUCCGCCGUACACGGGGUUUUCAGGAACCCAGAUGGGCUGUUUUUGGACGAGAACGAGGCCAUGUCACAGGGUUUGAUCAGGCCUGGAUCUUCUCCGAGUUCAGACCGGUGGGAUCAUAUGUUGAGACCAUAGAAAUGUGCGUUAAAAGGAGUAGGAACAGACGAACAGUAUAUGCUUUUUUUUCUCUGAGGAUUUUAAUGUUGUCAUCGAUAUUCUUUCCCCUCAUUUAAUUGGGAGAGUUGGUGGAUACCCUUUUUUUUCAUCUAGUUUUAACUGAGAAUCUCUGGGUGAGUGUUUGUGUGUGACAUUUGUUGUGGGUUUCGGCUUUUUGUAUUGAGAAUGUUUUCUGUUUUGCUUCUAUAGUAUGUAACUAUGUAUGUAUUUAACUAUUAUUUAUCAGAAACAGAGUCGGGGAGAAAGUGUGGUUGUGAGUCUUGUGACAUGUAAUGUGUUUUGCUUUGUUUGAUCUUUAAUGUGGAUUGUCAAUUCUUUGUUGGAUUUAAGCUCA